ACUUAACGUGCGUGAAGCAAAAGCAAUUGUUUUCUCUUCUCCCGGAGGCAUAAUGUGUGACGAGACCACUUCCAAUUCCAUACGGGGAGACAUCACAGGCCAACUGUAAAGGCACCUCUUGGACAAGGACACCUUCUCCAAGUCUGACCCAAUGUGUGUGCUGUACACCCAGGGCAUAGAGACCAAGCAAUGGCGGGAGUUCGGCAGGACCGAGGUCAUCGACAACACCCUGAACCCCGAUUUCGUGCGCAAGUUCAUCCUCGACUACUUCUUUGAGGAGAAACAGAACCUGCGCUUCGACCUGUACGAUGUGGAUUCCAAAAGCCCUGACCUCUCAAAGCAUGAUUUCCUGGGCCAGGCCUUCUGCACGCUGGGAGAGAUUGUUGGCUCAUCAGGAAGUCGCUUGGAGAAGCCGCUGACGAUGGGGGCGUUCACGUUACAUUCCAGAACGGGGAAGCCCACACCGUCCGUCUCCAAUGGUGGGAUUCCAGGGAAAAAAUGUGGCACCAUCAUCCUGUCGGCCGAGGAGCUGGGCAACUGCCGGGACGUGGCCACCAUGCAGUUCUGUGCCAACAAGCUGGACAAGAAGGAUUUCUUCGGGAAGUCCGACCCCUUCCUGGUGUUCUACCGGAGCAACGAGGACGGGACGACCAUCAAGGUGGAGGUGUACGACUGGGACCGGGAUGGCAGCCACGACUUCAUUGGGGAGUUCACAACCAGCUACCGGGAGCUGGCCCGUGGGCAAAGCCAAUUCAACAUCUACGAGGUGGUGAAUCCCAAAAAGAAAAUGAAGAAAAAGAAAUACCUUAACUCGGGAACAGUGACACUGCUCUCCUUCACUGUGGAGUCAGAGUACACCUUCCUGGACUACAUUAAAGGAGGGACGCAGAUCAAUUUCACAGUGGCCAUUGACUUCACAGCUUCCAAUGGCAACCCCUCGCAAUCCACCUCCCUGCACUACAUGAACCCAUACCAGCUCAACGCCUACGCCAUGGCGCUGAAGGCGGUGGGCGAGAUCAUCCAGGACUACGACAGCGACAAGAUGUUCCCCGCGCUCGGGUUCGGCGCCAAACUCCCUCCCGAUGGGCAUGUGUCCCACGAGUUCCCCCUGAAUGGUGACCCCGACAACCCUGCCUGCAGUGGCAUCGAGGGCAUCCUAGACGCCUACCACCAGAGCCUCAAGACUGUCCAGCUGUACGGCCCCACUAACUUCGCCCCAGUGGUCAACCAUGUGGCCAGGUACGCCGCCGCGGAGCAGGACGGCUCCCAGUACUUCGUGCUGCUGAUCAUCACGGACGGGGUGAUAUCGGACAUGGCCCAGACGAAGGAAGCCAUCGUCAGCGUGAGUAGCAGGGGCUCCGCUCACCUGCUGUCCAGCCCAGCAUGCCGAUGUCUGCCCGAGGGCACCUCGCCAGGACAGACAAUAGCGCUGAGCAAGCAGCUGUUGCAGGCUGAGGGCUUAUGCAGCAUCCCAAUGAGUUUGUCACGCUCUGGCCAACCUCGGGUGGAGAGACCUGGGUUCUAGAUUAGCCUGUCUCCAGAGGGUCCCUGCGUUCUGUCGGGGCAGUGCAAUGCCCCAGGCACCGGAGAGCUCAGUUAUCACAGCCUGAGGACUUGCUCUGUUCCCCCUCCCCCCCACGCCCACUGAAGGGCACAGUCGGAAGCACCAGCCUUUUCCCUUGCCCACCAACGCCGACUCCAGGGGUGCUCUGGGGCAGGAGGCCCCACAGAAAAAUUAACGCGCGCGCACCAGCCACCUGUCGGGCAGAAGCUCACCAGCCUGACCACCUAUGACUCGAACCAGUGCACCGGACUGUGCAAGCCCUGGUGCCUCACA